CUGUCUGGUGAAGAUUAUUGGUUAUAAAAAAACUUGAAAUUUGUGUUUAAUGAAAAGUAAAACUUAUCUAGACAAUAUUGUGUGACCAACUUCAUUAAGUUGGCGAUCAAAAGUAUUUUUUCUACAUUAAAGUUAUAAGUACAUUCAAUAACAAAACACAAUGGCCAAAUUACCUGGAUGUAAAUUGGAAUUCGUGCGCGAUGACGAUUAUGUGGAGUAUUUCAUAUUUCCAGAACUACCAGAUAAUUUAACAAAUAUACAAAAUGAGUGCACAGAAUUAGAAAGUCUCAGCACAACAUUGCUUGCAUUUCAAAAACAAUGCUUAGAAAUCGUUGACAAACGUGUGAAUAAUUAUGGCUAUAUUUGGCACAAAGACGAAUUUCACUUGCAAAUACGCACUGAGUGUGCGCAAGAAAGAUUAUUGAACGAUGAAAUUAAUGAUGACUCCAAAGAUGCUCCGACAGCGUUUCCUCUGCCCCCGCAUUUGCAUGGUGUUACACAUUACGGUGAUAAUAUUGAGGACGAGUGGUUCAUAGUGCACCUUUUGCAUGAGUUGACACGUGAGAUUCCCGGUUGCAUUGCGCGCGUCAUUGAUGCCGAUGGCGAAUUCCUUUUAAUUGAAGCUGCUGAUGCACUGCCUUCAUGGGCUAAUCCCGAUAAAUGUGAGCAAAGAGUUUAUAUAGCAUAUGGGCACAUGCAACUCGUGCAGAAAGUAACAACAAAAUCUUCGAAAAAGUUACCAGUGUGCACCGCUCUGGAAAAUAUACGGCAAACCCCUACACUCUAUCGCGUGGCAAAAGAGAUUCAAGAUUGCAUAGAUGAACGUUUAAAGGACUUUACGGGUACAACCAAUCCAGCCAUACAUCGGCAAAUUGUGCGUUUACCUUUGGGUGUUGCUGCACUGCUCAAGACGCAGCCAUCAUUGAUUGCAUCAGCGGUGCGUGCUUUCUGCGAACGUGAUUCAAUUGAUUUAAAAGCUUGUCGUUCAAUGCGUUUUUUCCCACCCGAACAAUGCGUUCGUUGUAGUGUGCGUUUUACACGCUGUCUCUACGCUAUGCUUAUGCACACCGAUUACAAGCCCGAUCGGAAAGUUGGCUGGCACCUAGAUAGUAAUACCAAUUCGGAGCAAUAUAAAGAGCAAAUUAUAGGUAUAAAAAUUGCUUGUGGUUUUGAAAUUCUGGCAUCGCAGGCUAAGAGUGCCGAUCAACAAGAAAAUGAACCCGCUUGGCGUGCAUAUGUGAACAAUUUGUCAUCAAAAGGAUAUUUUAGGGAAAAUUUAGAGGGUUCAGAAGAGUAUAAACGGCUUUUGGGUGAUGCACGUGAAUAUUUUACUAAAAAUAGAGAACGUUUCCGCACAGCUCCCUUGGUGGGACGAGAAAUUCUUAGUUUGUUGCAAAGUAUGGAGAUUUCUGCAGAUCUCUUUAGUGAUGAGGAAAACAAUUUGGAGCCAAGCGAUUCAGACGAUUGGUUAAACAUUAGCGCCGAUCAAUUGGAUGCAAUGCUCAUGGAGCGUUAUGGCCCUAAAAAAUUAUAUAAUCCAAAUGGUGACAUAAACGCAGACGAAUUCACCAAAAAUAUUGCCGAUUUCCUUGAAAAGGAAUCGUUAUACGAAGGUAUAGGUGAUGAUGAUGACGAGGACGAUGGCAAUGACACAGAGUCAGAACCGGAUGAAAUUGAAUGUGCUGCAAGUUCAAAUAGAAAAACAAAAGAUGAAACGAAAGCAAAAGUUAGAAAAAAUCACUCUAUGCGCAAAGCGUGCAAUAGAAAUUCAAUUAUUAAAGAAAAAUCAGAGGACAACAUCAAUCAAAAAAAUAAAAAUCACGAAUCCGAAGAUAACACUCAUGUACGAAACUUUUUGGAUUUCGUUAUCCCCGAAGACAAAUGGGACUCCAAUUCCGAGAUGAGUGACUACGAAGAUGACGAUAGUUUGGAGCAUAAUUUCGAAGCAAUGUCGAAAACGGAUAAAAAUAUAGAUAAGCGUAUCAAAAAGUAUAUGGACCAAAUGGAUAAAGAGUUGGCCAAUACUACAAUUGGAGAGAGUUUCGAAAAUAAAAACGCAACCAAAUGUACUGAUGAUGAUUUCGAUGACAUCGAAACUUUUCAACCGAUCAAUAUUAACGUUAAUACGCUCAAAAAUAUAGUAGCAAGCUACAAAUCACAAUUGGGCGGACCAGGACCAGUUUCUAAUUUGUUGAACGCAAUGGGCGUUGGCAUGUCAACCACGACAGCGUUGGACAGUGACGAUGAUGAAGCGGACGAAGAGUUGAAAGAGUCUAGAGUGUAAACUGAAAUUAUCAGCGAGUUAUUUACAUCACUUUCUACCCUUCCAAUAUGUAUGUAUGUAUAUGAGUACUUAUUGCAAAAACUUUUGCGCACAUUUAAAAAUUGUAUCCAAAAUCAAAGUCAAAUGUAAACCCAUAUCCUACAAAUGAAUUUAUCGAAAAAUACAUCUUUUUGAGGAAACAUCAUAAUAUAAA